CCUCAGCUCAACAUGCACAUGCAAUAAUCUUUUCAUCGCCCGCUUGAACCUUAUGGACUGUGGAGGCUGGGCUGGUUUCAGGCGCGUUAACGCUGGUAAGUGACUUCAUGAAGAUUGCGUGCUUGACCCUGGGAGUCGACUCAAGUCGAGUCAAAAGUCUCCGAUCUUCGGAACCAACGCCCGUCAUCCUUCUGUCAAGUUUCCAAUGCCAUGAAGUCGACGGCGCUGCAUACGGCGCGGCUAACAGACUUUUCAGAUGGAACACUGAAUGGGCAUCUACGUCUGGGACCUUCUUUGUCUCGCUUCAACUCCGACGAUUCUGCGGGCGAGCAUCCAGCAGCGCCUGUGCUGGCCCACAAGUUCAAGCAUAACAAGUCCAUUCUAGCCCUUGCCGUUUCCAAGGACUCAAUAUUUGGCGGUACUGAAGAGGGAGAGAUACUUGUUUUCAAUCUCGAGACCUACAAGCGCACGUUAGUCAUAGAUGGACAUAGAGGCAGUGUCCUUGGACUCUGUCUGUCAGAGGAUGGGAAGCUCCUAUUUUCAAGCUCAAGUGACCACGUAGUCAAUGUAUGGUGCACUGAAAGCUUUGUGAGAGUAUAUUCGAUAUACUCGCACUAUGACAUCGGCGACAUCUUUUGCGUUGCUUACUCCACGCGACUCGAGACGGUGUAUAUCGGAGCUCAAAACACUUCAAUUCAAUGGUACGAUCUUAAACAGCGAGAUACAAGGCCAAAACCGCUCCCUACGUCCCAUCCAUGGCAUAGACAGAGUAGGUUCUUUGACUCACCGGGCCCGGGAGGCGUUCGUACACCUAGGAAAGACGUCUCAGGCUCGGGGCCUGGAGACGCAAGAGGCGGUCAAGUACUUGAGAUCGACCGACAAGAUAUCCGUCAAUUUGCUCACAAUGGCUACGUCUACUGCAUGCUUCUGGCCAAAGGUCUGAAAGGCAACCCAAAUCAGGAGGUCCUCAUAUCAGGCGGCGGAGAUGGGACAAUCAAAAUAUGGUCCCUGGCUGAGUCUGGUGGCGCAAUAGAGGAACUUGACAUUUUGGGAGACGGAAGAGAGGAAGGAGAGUCGGUACUCUCGAUUGCUCUGGAUGGCACUUUUCUUUUUGCGGGCAGGGCUGACGGCGAAGUAAACAUUUGGGAUCUCGAAACCAAGCAGCUUGUGAGGAAUCUUAAGACCAGAACGGAUGACGUGCUUGCCCUCUCCGUUGGUGGUGGGUUUAUAUUCUGUGCAGGAAUGUCUGGCACUGUCGAGAAGUACAAUGCUCAGUAUGAGCGCGUUAGCGAUUUCAAAGCCCACCAGGGUCGCGUGCUUGCGUCUAUUUUCAUACCACAUAAGGAGCGGCCGCUCUUCAUCACGGGGAGCAAUGACCAGACUAUUUCUCUAUGGGACAUAUCUGAUUGUAUAAGUGGUGGUCGUUUUGUGCCAAAGACAAGCAACGAACGACUCGUGGAUGCCUUACGACAGUUUGUGUCAUACCGUACAGUUUCAUCAGAUAUCCGAUACCAGGCGGAAUGUAGACGCGGUGCCUACUUUCUACGUGAUCUAUUGAAGUCUUUUGGAGCGACCACCACUUCUCUGCCGCUGCAAAAUUCGUCCUGGAACCCCAUAAUUCUUGCGAAGUUUCAUGGAAACCCAAAGACGGCAUCGAAGCGGAAGCGAAUCCUAUUCUAUGGCCACUACGAUGUGAUCCCUGCGGAGAAUGAAAGCAACAGGUGGAACACCGAUCCAUUUACUCUCGAAGGUGUAAACGACCAUGUAUAUGGUCGAGGUGUAUCAGAUAACAAGGGCCCAAUCCUCGCUGCGAUAUAUGCUGUUGCAGAUUUAGUUGCAAACAAGGAGCUUGAUUCCGACAUCGUUUUCCUCAUCGAAGGCGAGGAAGAGACUGGCUCACGAGGUUUUGAGCAAGCAAUUCGAGCCAACAAAAAAUUAAUUGGCGACAUUGAUUGGAUUCUGUUGGCAAACAGUUAUUGGCUUGAUGAUCACAACCCGUGCCUUACCUACGGGCUUCGUGGAGUCAUUCAUGCAACGAUAGAAGUGCAAAGUGGACAUCCGGACCUGCAUUCUGGUGUGGAUGGAAGCUCGCUGCUUGAUGAAAGUUUGAAAGACCUCGUUGCAUUGCUCUCGAAGCUCACAGGAAAGCACGGAAGGGUUCUUAUACCUGGGUUUUACGACCCAAUUUUGCCAAUCACGGAUGAUGAAGCGGUUUUAUACGAGGAUAUCAAGAAAGCCCUAGUCACGAGCAAUCCGUCACUGGCGUUCCAGCACAACCUGACCGAAGAGCUUCAGAAACGCUGGUGCGACGCGUCUCUCACUAUACAUCGUUUUUACACGUCCGGGCCAGACAAUUCUACCAUUAUUCCUCGAUUAGCAAAAGCCUCGAUUUCACUUCGCCUAGUGCCUAAUCAAACCGCUCAGGAGGUAGCACAGAGUCUAACAUCCUUCUUACACGAGCAGUUCGAAACACUUGAUAGCAAGAACGAACUCACGGUUAACAUUGAUCAUAUGGCAGAGCCUUGGCUCGGCGAUUACAAAAACCAGAUUUUCAAGACGCUAGAAGAGGCUGUGAUGGAAGCUUGGUCCACGGAUGCAGCAGGCAGUCCUUUCAUACGCCGUCGCAGCAGCAACGUGCUUGCUACAAUGUCUCCACUUGAUAUAAUGUCAAGCUCAGCCCAAACACUUGGCACGGCACGGAAACCGGCACCAACAACAUCUUCAACGCUCGCCAAAGGUAGCAUGACCCCAGAGCCAUCAGACUCCGAGCCGGAGCAGCAAGGCGCCGCCAAACAGGCUCGGAAGCAAAGCACUACUUCCUUUCCUGCAGCAAGACGACGGAAGCCCCUCUACAUUCGCGAAGGUGGGUCCAUCCCCGCGAUUCGCUUUUUGGAGAAGGAAUUCAACGCUCCGGCUGCACAUCUACCUUGCGGACAGGCCAGCGACAAUGCGCACCUUGAUAAUGAGAGACUUAGACUGGUCAAUCUAUACAAAAGUCGGGAUAUCUUUAGGAAAGUUUUCAGGGAUCUGCCUCAGAAAUAGGCCGAGGUUUGAGAAAUUUGUUCCGGCGCAUGGGUAAUAUUCAUUAGCGUGGUGUUGGGGUGGGAAAAGCUUGCUCUGUACGAGUGAAUCAAAGUAGUGUACAUGAAAAUUGACAAACAGCACAUAUCUACCGUUUUCGGACGACAUUUUUCCGGCUUAGAAAGAUCAGGUAAUGCUUCCGACGUAGGAGACGCAUGACAAGUGCACAUGCAGCUUAAGCUCGUCUCGAGCACGCCUUACGCUUUGAUUUUCUGGACCUUUCUGUCGGUAGUCUUUAUCAAG